GGGUAAUUAAGACGAUGCGUUUAGAUAACGACAACUGCUAGUGAGUGCUGAUUCUCUCACAAAUUUUAUUAUCGUAGUGCUACUUCAGGGGAAGAAAUGCCGAUAUUAGGGCAUGAACACCAAAGAGACUUGAUAUUUGAGGAAGAUGACUUGGCCUAUGAAGAAGAGAUCUUACGUCAUCCAUUCUCUGUCAAAUGCUGGCUACGCUAUGCUGAGCACAAAUCUAAUGGCCCUUCUGUAGGACUACAUCUCAUCUAUGAGAGAGCUCUAAAGGAGUUACCUGGAAGCUACAAGCUAUGGUAUAACUACCUCAAACUGAGAAGAAAGGCCAUCAAAGGUCGGUGUAUUACUGACCCAGGAUAUGAGGAUGUCAACAAUGCCUUUGAAAGAGCUUUGGUUUUCAUGCAUAAGAUGCCUAGAAUAUGGCUUGACUACUGCCAGUUUUUGAUGGACCAGUGCAAGGUCACUCGGACACGCCGGACGUUUGACCGUGCCUUGAGGGCGCUGCCCAUAUCCCAGCAUCACAGGAUCUGGCCUCUGUACCUGAAGUUUGUCCGCUCCAUGCCACUCCAUGAGACUGCUGUCAGGGCCUACAGGAGGUACCUCAAGCUGUGUCCUGAGAAUGCAGAGGAAUACAUAGAGUAUCUUGUAGAUAUUUUGCGUUUGGAUGAGGGCGCUGUUCGUUUGGCCGACAUUGUCAACCAAGAGACAUUUGUUUCGAAGGAAGGCAAAUCAAACCAUCAGCUUUGGCAUGACCUCUGUGACCUGAUAUGCAAGCAUCCAACCAAAGUGACAUCACUCAAGGUUGAUCCCAUUAUACGGGGAGGGAUCAAACGCUUCUCUGAUGAGAGGGGCAAGCUUUGGUGCUCUCUGGCUGACUACUAUAUCAGGAGUGGUCACUUUGAGAAGGCAAGAGACAUUUAUGAGGAAGCAAUCUUCACUGUGAUAACUGUCAGGGAUUUCACCCAGGUCUUUGAUGCAUAUGCUCAGUUUGAGGAGAGCAUGCUAAAGGCAAAGAUGGAAACAUCUGCAGAAUCUGGUUCAACUGAGGAAGAUGACAUUGACAUAGAGCUGAGGCUUGAACGGUUUGAAGACCUAAUGGACAGGCGCCCUCUGUUGUUGAAUAGUGUCCUAUUGAGACAGAAUCCCCAUAAUGUUCAUGAGUGGCAUAAAAGGGCAAAACUUUUUGAAGGGAAACCUAAAGAAGUGAUUAACACAUACACAGAAGCUGUGCAGACUGUGACUCCUCAGCUAGCAACAGGGAAACUUCAUACUCUGUGGGUAGAGUUUGCUAAGUUCUAUGAGAAGCAUGGUCAAGUAAUGGAGGAUUCGUGCGUCCUCUACUUGAAUUCGCUUGCCCUGUUUGGCACGGUUCGCUGACCUCAGCCCAAAGCAGAAACAUCGAAGCUGUGCAGAAGAGAGCCCUCAGAAUCAUCCUCGUCUCUCAAUAUCAUCCUCGUCUCUCAAUAUCAUUCAUAUGAGAAUGCUCUCGAAUCAGCACUGCUGCCUACCUUGAGAAGUAGACGUGAUCAACUUUGCUUACAGUUUGCUCGGAAAGCUUUCGAAUCUGGAUGCCCAUGGUUUGAGAGGAACACAAAUACAAGGACACUAAGAACAAGAAGAAUAUGUAUCGAACCUAGAAGUAGAACUGAUCGCUAUAGGAACAGCCCAGUCCCCUUCUUUACAAGAUUUUUAAACUAUUAAACAUGGACUGUGAAGAACUAUGUUUUAUACCUUUUUUGUUUUAUCUGUCGCUUCUCUUAACUGUAACUGACUUUUGAAAUAUUUUUGGAAUUGUUCAUUUCUGCAGUAAUAAUUGAACUUUUCUGAAAAGUCACUGGCUCAUAAUGGUAUAACCCACUUAACAUUUAUAUUUAUAUUUUUUGUACAGAUCAUAUUACUUCAACGUCGUCUUAUUUUUGUUUUUAAUUCCUUUUGAGAUAAUGCUUUAUGAUUAUCAUUCAUGACUCCGUUUCCUAUAACUAUUAUUAUUACCAUCAACACAGUGUUUCUUUAGAAUCAUUUAUCAAGCAUAUCGAGAACAAUCCAAACCCAGAUUACUGUUUCAGUUAGAAAUCCUUUGUAUAGAAUACAUGUUUUCCUCCUUCAAUUUGACCCUAAUUAAUAGCUUUCGCUUGUUUCUUUUCAAGUAUUAUUUCAUACACUCCACUCUUUAAUCUACAUGUAUUGUUAUUCAUUCAACAUUGGUUAAAUAUAUAUUUAUGUUAAAAUGUUCAUUAUAAAUGUUAAAGGUAUAUACAUUUAGUCUACUCCUAACCUUUCCCCAUUCCUGCUUUUUACAUUACUUCUCCCUCUGUAUACAUGUACUUUUCUUUUUGUAUCCCCUUUCCAAUAUUAUACAUUAGUAUACUUUUUUUUACUGUUUUGCUUGUUUGAUUACUGAAAUUUUACUCUGUACAAAUUCAUCUAAUUCAGCCUUUGGCUGCUAAUUGAAUUUUUAUCACAAUAAAUACCAUUUAUCUUUCUAUCUAUCUAUGAAGAGUUAAAUAUCCUCAAUCUUUAAAAACAAAUCAAUAUAUCAUGUAGAAUGUUUGUAUUAUCUAGGGGUAGAUAAUUGGUACUGGGUUCCACUUCACUUUCAGCAAAAUGAAAAAUGUGUCGCUUUCCACGUAAUCAGGUCGGUAAAACUCUCCUGGGCAAGAAGAGACUGAAAAUCAUUCACAUUUGAUAUGUACUGAUGCCCCAUUUAUAAUAAUGAGCUGAAAAACAGUGUUAAAAAGAGGGAAAAAGGGAGGGGGGGGGGUCGAUCAAAAAAGUGGAAGAGAGAGAGAGAGAGAGAGAGGGAACAAACAUGGGAAGAGGGUAAAAUAUACAUGUACAAUGUAAUGUAGAUAUUGAAAGCCUUUCAAAACUGCUAUUUUAUUCAAAUAAAAUGAAUUAUAGGCUAUUUUAAAAAUGGAAGGUCUUUUCACUAAUCUUUUGAAAAACUCAAUUAUCCAUAUUAAAGAUUUCUCAAUUGAAGAAAUUCAUGUACUUUUUGGAACAGUAAUCAGCUGUCUUCAUGAAAGUUUAUUGUCUUUUUUAAGAAACCAGUUAUGAAAGAGGGAAGGGAAACCAAAUUGUCCAUACAGUGUAUAUUGAAAAUAGGGUAGACUUCAAGUUCUAAUGUUAGUCCAUAUAAUUUCAAAUUACCUUCAUCUUUUUGAAGGAUGAAAGUAUCUAGGUGUUUCAUCUGGGCCUUUAUUGGCACUCAUUUUCUACAAGGAUUGACAGCGUUGACGUACAUGUAAUUUUAUGUCAAUAAACCAUUAUUACUUUCUGGGGCUAACUCAUGUAGAGAAAGGAAAUGUCGUCUCUUUCUAUUGAUUUUAGAUCAUUGCUCAAUAGUGUAUUACCAAUAAACCUGAAGUCCUGAAUUUAAAAAAGAGAUAAAAUGAGAGGAAGUUAACAAGGUAAUGUUACACUAUUAAUAUCCUGUCUUAAAUGAGAAUGCAAGUUACAAUUUUCCAUGUAGACACAAGCUUCUCCAGAGUCUAGAUGUAGAUACAUGUAGACCACCAGUGUAUACAUGUAAAUAUAUGACAUAUGAAAUAUUUUAAUUUUAUCCUCAUAAUUUGAAUCAUAAAUCAUAAAUAAAUUAUUGUAUAAUUCAAGCGAUAUUAAAAAAGAAAUAGUGAGUGAAGGAUUUACUUUGUAUUUUAUUUACUUUAUACUGCAGGGUUAGCCUGUUCAAUUUUGAGAAACAGCUUUAAAGUGAUUGGUUAACAUUGGUUUGACUUUUAAAAAAUCUGAGCUAGAAGGUCACACUUGUCACCUGUGUCUGUGAUAUGUUACAAAAAUGAAGCCCAGAAAAAAUUAUUUAGUGCUUCAAAAAUUGAAAUAUAAAGUGACCGAAAACACCAUCUUAAUUUCAUCUCAUACACUUAUGUGUACAAUUUAGGCGUCUAUAAGUCGCCUAUUUACAAAAUCGGGGUUUGCCUUGUAGUUUUAGCUUUUCAUUCUCAAUAAUGGUUGUUUUCAGGGUUUAUUAGUUCUAAUACAUGCACUUGUACACAUGUUUCAUCUUGGUUUGAGAAUUUUUUAAAUCGGCUGCUCGCAAAGUUAAACAAUA